GCAGCUCGCACACAAAGGAGGAAGGACUCGCGCUAAAGUUUCAGGGGCCUGACGCUGGCUCCUGCCCCUUUGCAAACGUGCACUGGGAAACGUCCAGCCCUGCACGCUGGAGUCGAGGAGAGAAAGUGCCGCGGGGACGCCUGCUUGUCCGCAGCGUCACGCUCGGCUCGAGAGAAGCCCCCGGGGAAGGGCGUCGGAGGAGAGGCCGAAGGGGAGCCGGGCAGACAGAGCGAGCCAGCCAGGGAGACCCAGCAUCGUUCGCUUCGCUGUCGGCGGCGCGGGCCCUUUGCAGCCUGCCCGGGACAAACCUUGCAGCAGCUCCAUUGGCUGAGAGCGGCUAGCGCUGCUGCGGCGGCUGCCAAAACAGCUCAAGCCAAGCGCCCCCUUUCUCCAGCCCCCCUCCAAGCAGGGCAGCGGCGGCUGCAGGAGCAGCAGCAGCCAGCCGCUCAAAUGGAGUGGAAAAUGGCCAGUGGUGGCAUAUAGCGCCAUAGAUUAUCUGCUUCACGUUUUGUAUUUAGCUGCCUCUAAUCUGCUUUCCUUUGCCUGAGCCCCCAGCUGGGGGGGAGGGGGGCGAGAGGCAGGCGGGAGAGAUUCUGUCCUUUGCUGCCGGUACUAUACGCGAUAAUGUUUAUAUGAUUAGCUGAGCCCAGGGGUGGGGAGUAGAGAGAGGGGGGUGGAGAUUGGAGGAGGAGGAGGCUGGAGGUGACUCCAGUUCAGAGCCAGUGGAGAGUCUGUGUCAGGAUUUAGCAGUCCCCAGUCACACACACAGAGGUGCAUGAGCGAAAAGGAGCUUGCAAUACAAUUCACUGGGAUUGUGUGCGUGUGUUGCGUUGCCCCCCCUUGGUGUGUGUGUGUUACUAGCUCCGCGCUUGGUUCCUGGGCUCCAGCCGUUCACGGGGCAGCAGCGGCGAGAGGAAGACGAGAAAUCCGAGGAGGGGCUGGAGCCGUAUCAUGCCAGAGGCCAGAAUGUCAUCCAGGGAGAUGUAAAUGAGGUCGAUGCGAACGAGAGAGACACGGAGAAGGGAGGGGGCUUUGCUCUGCCAAAUUUGAGUGGGUCGCCCCGCUGCUCCUGACCUGCUGCUGGCAUCGCCUUUAUUCCCCUUCUCGUGAUCGCUGCGGAGAAAAGGACUCCCAAGGCUGGUCACAGACACUGGGCUUUGCACCGGGGGCCACCCCUUUGAUUGAUUGCUGUUAUUUAUUGAUUUAUUUUGUGGUCGGGGAGCCUGGCUAUUUUAGACCUUUCCUGCCGAGCGGGGUGUUGGAAACUGCCGGAAAAUGUUGACUUAGCCCUAGCGAAGGCAGCCCACCGACCGGCCGGCCGCUCGGAGGAGGAGAAGCCGCCUUGCGCGUGUUGUCCCAGCUCGGCAGCGAGCUGCAGAGCCCGCUGCCUCCCUCUCUCCCUACCCAGCCCAGCUUUUCUCCUGCCCCGGUCCCCGUUGCGCCUGCUGUUGCUGUGGUGCCUCCUGAACUCACGCCGCUGCCCCUGGCGUUCAGAGGGGGCUCGCCCGGCGCACUUCUCUGGGGCAUCCGAGUUGGAGAGAGAGAACCUGGCCCGGCUCCGGUUCCACGGCGCGAGAUAUGAAGAUCAAUGAUAUAGACCACCGGCUUCAAUGAUGCUGGGCAUUUAUAACUGGGUUCAUUAAGGAAUACAAAGAAAAUACUUAAAGGGAUCAAUAAUGGUGUCUUCUGGUUGCAGAAUGCAAAUUUUUUGGUUACUUCUCAUAAUCAGCUUCCUACAGAAUACAGAAGGUUUCAGCCGAGCAGCACUACCAUUUGGUUUAGUUAGGAGGGAACUGUCUUGCGAGGGCUACUCCAUUGACCUUCGGUGUCCAGGAAGUGAUGUCAUUAUGAUAGAGAGUGCUAAUUAUGGACGGACAGAUGACAAGAUUUGUGAUGCCGACCCUUUCCAAAUGGAAAAUACAGAAUGCUUCCUCCCAGAUGCCUACAAAAUUAUGACACAAAGGUGCAACAACCGAACACAGUGUAUAGUAGUUACUGGGUCAGAUGUGUUUCCUGAUCCUUGUCCUGGAACGUACAAAUAUCUUGAAGUUCAGUAUGAAUGUGUUCCUUACAAAGUGGAGCAAAAAGUUUUUGUUUGCCCGGGGACGUUGAAAGCAAUUGUGGACUCACCGUCUUUAUAUGAAGCUGAACAAAAGGCAGGUGCUUGGUGCAAAGAUCCUCUCCAGGCUGCAGAUAAAAUAUACUUCAUGCCAUGGACUCCAUAUCGCACUGAUACUUUGAUAGAAUAUGCUUCUUUAGAGGACUUCCAAAAUGGACGCCAACAGACAACUUACAAACUUCCAAAUCGAGUGGAUGGCACUGGAUUUGUGGUGUAUGAUGGUGCUGUAUUUUUUAACAAAGAAAGAACCAGGAACAUUGUAAAGUUUGACUUGAGGACUAGAAUUAAAAGUGGAGAGGCCAUUAUCAACUAUGCUAACUACCAUGACACUUCUCCAUACAGAUGGGGAGGAAAGACUGAUAUUGAUUUAGCAGUUGACGAAAAUGGUUUAUGGGUAAUUUAUGCGACGGAACAAAACAAUGGAAUGAUCGUUAUUAGCCAAUUGAAUCCAUAUACUCUUCGCUUUGAAGCAACAUGGGAAACCACAUAUGACAAACGGGCAGCAUCCAAUGCUUUUAUGAUAUGUGGAGUCCUCUAUGUAGUCCGAUCAGUGUAUCAAGACAACGAAAGUGAAACUGGCAAGAAUGCAAUUGAUUACAUUUACAACACCAGGUUAAGCAGAGGAGAAUACGUAGAAGUUCCCUUCCCCAACCAGUACCAGUACAUUGCAGCAGUGGAUUACAACCCAAGAGAUAACCACCUGUAUGUGUGGAACAACAACUUCAUUCUCCGAUAUUCUCUAGAGUUUGGCCCACCUGACCCAGCCCAAGUGCCUACUACCGCAGUGACAAUAACUUCUUCAGCAGAGCUAUACAAAACAACUGUGUCAACCAUAAGCACGACUUCACAGAAAGGCCCCAUAAGCACAACAUUAGCUGGAGGCACAAAGGAAGGAAGCAGAGGGCCCAAGCCACCACCAGCAGUUUCCACAACGAAAAUUCCUCCUGUGACAAGUUUUUUCCCUUUGCCAGAGAGAUUCUGUGAACCUGAUGAGGCCAGGGGGAUUAGCUGGCCUCAGACGCAAAGAGGAAUGAUGGUUGAACGCCCUUGUCCCAAAGGAACUCGAGGAACUGCCUCGUAUCUCUGCAUGGUUUCCACUGGAACAUGGAACCCUAAGGGCCCUGAUCUUAGCAACUGUACCUCACACUGGGUAAAUCAGCUGGCUCAGAAGAUCAGAAGUGGAGAAAAUGCUGCUAGUCUUGCCAAUGAACUGGCUAAACACACCAAAGGACCAGUUUUUGCUGGUGAUGUGAGUUCAUCAGUGAGGCUGAUGGAACAGUUGGUGGACAUUCUUGAUGCUCAACUGCAAGAACUGAGGCCUAGUGAAAAAGACUCAGCUGGGCGGAGUUAUAACAAGCUCCAAAAACGAGAGAAGACAUGCAGGGCUUACCUUAAGGCAAUUGUUGACACAGUGAACAACCUGCUCAGGCCUGAAGCUCUAGAAUCCUGGAAAGAUAUGAAUUCUUCAGAACAAGCACACGCUGCAACAAUGUUACUUGAUACACUAGAAGAAGGGGCUUUUGUCUUGGCUGACAAUCUCUUAGAACCAACUAGAGUCUCAAUGCCCACCGAAAACAUUGUUCUGGAAGUUGCAGUGCUCAGUACAGAAGGCCAGGUGCAGGACUUGAAAUUUCCUCAGGGCAGUGAAGGAGGCAAUUUGAUCCAACUCUCUGCAAACACUGUGAAACAGAACAGCAGGAAUGGAUUAGCAAAAUUGGUUUUCAUCAUUUACAAAAGUUUGGGACGGUUCCUCAGUACCGAAAACGCGACCAUAAAGCUGGGUAGUGACUUCGUUGGUCGGAACAGUACCAUUGCAGUGAACUCCCACGUCAUUGCAGCCUCCAUCAACAAGGAGUCCAGCCGUGUGUACCUGACCGAUCCUGUGCUUUUUACCCUGGAACACAUUGAUCCUGACAAUUAUUUCAAUGCAAAUUGCUCCUUCUGGAACUACUCAGAGAGGACUAUGAUGGGGUAUUGGUCCACUCAGGGGUGCAAGCUGAUUGACACAAAUAAAACUCAUACAUCUUGUGCUUGCAGCCACCUAACCAACUUUGCAAUCCUUAUGGCCCAUAGGGAAAUUGUGUACAAAGAUGGAGUGCAUGAGCUACUCCUUACUGUCAUCACCUGGGUGGGAAUUGUCAUCUCCCUUGUAUGCCUGGCCAUCUGCAUCUUCACAUUCUGUUUCUUCCGUGGCCUACAAAGUGAUCGUAAUACUAUUCACAAGAAUCUUUGUAUCAACCUAUUCAUUGCAGAGUUCAUUUUCCUAAUAGGCAUCGAUAAAACAGAAUACAAAAUUGCAUGUCCAAUAUUUGCAGGCCUCUUGCACUUUUUCUUCCUGGCAGCAUUUGCCUGGAUGUGCCUAGAAGGAGUGCAGCUCUAUCUCAUGUUAGUAGAAGUAUUUGAAAGUGAAUAUUCUAGGAAGAAGUACUACUAUGUUGCUGGCUACCUCUUCCCUGCCACAGUAGUUGGAGUCUCAGCAGCUAUUGACUAUAAGAGCUAUGGAACAGAGAAAGCUUGCUGGCUCCACGUAGAUAACUAUUUUAUCUGGAGUUUCAUUGGGCCUGUUACCUUCAUUAUUCUGCUGAAUCUUAUCUUCCUGGUGAUCACAUUGUGCAAAAUGGUGAAGCACUCAAACACUCUGAAACCAGACUCUAGCAGGUUGGAAAACAUUAAUAAUUACCGUGUUUGUGAUGGCUACUAUAAUACGGACUUACCUGGCUAUGAAGAUAAUAAACCAUUUAUCAAGUCCUGGGUCUUGGGUGCAUUUGCUCUCCUGUGUCUUCUUGGCCUAACAUGGUCAUUUGGCCUGCUGUUUAUCAAUGAGGAGACGGUUGUGAUGACAUAUCUCUUCACAGUAUUCAAUGCUUUCCAGGGAAUGUUUAUUUUCAUCUUUCAUUGUGCCCUUCAAAAGAAAGUACGUAAGGAAUACGGCAAGUGCUUCCGCCAUUCCUAUUGCUGUGGUGGAUUACCAACUGAGAGCCCCCACAAUUCAGUGAAGGCAUCGACAACAAGAACUAGCGCUCGCUAUUCCUCUGGCACUCAGAGUCGUAUAAGAAGGAUGUGGAACGACACUGUGAGAAAACAAUCUGAAUCUUCCUUUAUCUCAGGUGACAUCAACAGCACUUCAACACUUAAUCAAGGAAUGACUGGCAAUUACCUACUAACAAACCCUCUUCUUCGACCACAUGGCACUAACAACCCCUAUAACACAUUGCUCGCUGAAACGGUUGUAUGUAAUGCCCCUUCAGCUCCCGUGUUUAACUCACCAGGACAUUCACUGAACAAUGCCAGGGAUACAAGUGCCAUGGAUACUCUACCGCUAAAUGGUAAUUUCAACAACAGCUACUCAUUGCGCAAUGGAGAUUAUAAUGACAGUGUGCAAGUUGUAGACUGUGGACUAAGCCUGAAUGAUACUGCUUUUGAAAAAAUGAUCAUUUCAGAAUUAGUGCACAACAACCUGCGGGGCGGCAGCAAGAACCACAACCUGGAGCGCACACUCCCAGCCAAAGCUGUGAUUGGCGGGAGCAGUAGCGAAGAUGACGCAAUUGUGGCGGAUGCUUCAUCUUUGAUGCACAGUGACAACCCAGGACUGGAGCUUCACCAUAAGGAGCUUGAGGCGCCACUCAUUCCCCAACGGACUCACUCGCUUCUGUACCAGCCACAGAAGAAAGUGAAGACUGAAGGAACUGACAGCUACGUCUCACAGCUGACAGCUGAGGCUGACGACCACCUACAAUCCCCCAACAGAGACUCUCUUUACACAAGCAUGCCCAAUCUUAGAGACUCUCCUUAUCCAGAGAGCAGUCCUGAUGUUGAAGAAGAUCUCUCUCCCUCCAGGAGGAGUGAGAAUGAAGACAUUUACUACAAAAGCAUGCCAAAUCUUGGAGCUGGCCAUCAGCUUCAGAUGUACUAUCAAAUCAGCAGGGGCAAUAGUGAUGGCUAUAUAAUUCCCAUUAACAAAGAAGGAUGUAUCCCAGAAGGAGAUGUUAGGGAAGGACAAAUGCAACUAGUGACAAGCCUUUAAUAGUGUAGCAAAGAAAUACUAAAGGCCACAUACAAGUAUUAAGAAGACUUUAUUUGCCCAACGCAGGCUCCCUCAUAUCUGCUCAAAGAGACUAUUCUGUUCACCCUGUGGUUCUCCGGUGUAAAGGGGAUGACUGGACCUUGCAGUUCUGUGAAUUUUUAUAAAACAAAACUUUGUAUAUACACAGAGUAUACUAAAAUGAAUUAUUUGUUACAAAGAGAAGAGAUACCAACAAGGUAUUUUAAAAUAUCUUCUGCUGCUGAGUUUAACAAAAUUGUGAAACAAACAAACAGAUGAAAACUUUCCAGCCAUUUUACUGCAGCAGUUUGUGAACUAUAGUUGUAAAUAUGGCUGCACCCUCCCCCCUCUUGUUUUGGGUAGGCCUGCAUUGUAUUAUAUACAAGACGUAGGCUCUAAGAUCCUGUGGGACAAAUUUACUGUACCUUAUUAUUCCUGACAAGACUUUCAAAAGCAGGAGAGAGAGAUUCUGCAUCAGUUUGCAGGUCACUGCAAAUCUUUUCCAUUAAGGCAAAGAUUGAAAACAUGUCUAACCACUAGCAAUCAAGCCACAGGCCUUAUUUCAUAUAUUUCCUCAACUGUACAAUGAACUAUUCUCGUGAAAGAUGGCUAAAGAAAUUAUAUUUUGUUCUAUUGCUAGGGUAAAAAAAUACAUUUGUGUCCAACUGAAAUAUAAUUAUUAAAAAUAAUUUUAAAGAGUUUGAAGAAAAUAUUGUGAAGAGCUCUUGGUUGCACAUAUGUUAUAAGCUGUUUUUCUUACACUUUGUUCAUAGUACUGUAGUAUGUUUAAAAUCCAAGUUCUACCUGUUUUCACUUAUUUUUCACUGUAAACAGUGUUCUGCUUUGAGAAGUUAAUUUUUAUUCUUAUGUUUGACUUUUUUUAUUGCCAAAAAAAAAAAUCCAAGGAGAAAUUUCUGUUAGAAGCCAGUUAUGCCAUGCGUUGCACAAAUUUGGUAAAAUCUAGCCAAGAUUGUAAAUCAAUUCCCUGUUCAUUCUUUACCCAGGGUGGGAUGGGGAGGGCUAAUGGGGACACUGGACACUUCUCUCAAACUUUCUGGUGAACAAAAGGUGCCUGUCCUUUUAAAAAUAAAAUAAAACAAAUAUUACUCCUCCAUAUUCCUUCUGCCUAUAUUUAGUAAUUUAUUUUAUGAUAAAGAUCUAAUGAAAUGUAAAUUGUUUCAGCAAAAUUCUGCUUUUUUUCAUCCCUUUGUGUAAAACUGUUAAUGAGCCCAUCACUAAUAACCAAUGUAAAGUUUAACACCUGUUUGACAGUAAAUAAAUGUGAAUUUUUUUCUAAAAUAGGUAAAAUGUGAAUUAUGUAUGAAUUGUAAUUGGUGUGAAUUUUCCUUUGACCCAGCUGUAUUCUACUUCGAACUGCU